CACGCGCUCUGCGCCCACCAUGAGGGUCGCGGCUCUGAUCAGUGGUGGAAAGGACAGCUGUUACAAUAUGAUGCAAUGCAUUGCUGCUGGGCAUGAAAUUGUUGCUUUAGCAAAUCUAAGACCAGCUGAAAAUGAAGUGGGGUCUGAUGAACUGGACAGCUACAUGUAUCAGACAGUGGGUCAUCAUGCCAUUGACUUGUAUGCAGAAGCAAUGGCUCUUCCCCUCUAUCGCCGUACCAUAAGAGGAAGGAGCUUGGAUAUUGGACAAGUAUACACCAUAUGUGAAGGUGAUGAGGUUGAAGAUCUCUAUGAGCUUUUGAAACUUGUUAAGGAAAAAGAAGAAGUAGAGGGGAUAUCAGUAGGUGCUAUACUUUCUGACUAUCAGCGUGUUCGAGUAGAAAAUGUGUGUAAAAGGCUUAGUCUCCAACCUUUAGCUUACCUCUGGCAGAGAAACCAGGAAGAUUUGCUUCGAGAGAUGAUAUCAUCUAACAUUCAAGCAAUAAUUAUCAAAGUAGCAGCUUUUGGUUUAGAUCCAGAUAAGCAUCUUGGAAAAACCCUAGAUCAAAUGGAACCUUAUCUUUUAGAGCUUUCUAAGAAGUAUGGAGUCCAUGUUUGUGGAGAAGGUGGAGAGUAUGAAACAUUCACUUUGGAUUGCCCUCUAUUUAAGAAGAAAAUAAUUGUGGAUAAAUCGGAAGUCGUCAUACAUUCAGCAGAUGCAUUUGCACCUGUGGCUUAUCUACGCUUUUUAGAAUUGCACUUGGAAGACAAGGUAUCCCCAGUGCCUGAAAAUCACAGGACAUCUAAUUAUAUACAUAAUUCUUGAAAAGCAUUUUUGAACAUUGUUCGCUAAGCUAUGACUUCUGUAAAAUAAAAUAAUUGCAUGGCAUCAUCUCUAUUAUAAUAACCAGCUUUUUCUCAUACCCUUUUUCUUAAUUGAUUUCUUAGAAGAAUAUACCUUUGCAAAAGAAGUUAACAGAAUCAUUGGUUCAUUGAGGAAAUGUCAAUGGCUUAUUCAUUGACUUUACUAACUUCCUCAGGAUUCGCUCUUUGUCUUUUGUUUAUACAUCCUCCCUUUUACCUCUAUAUAAUAUGUGUCUUUUGUUUUCCCUUUUACAUUUACAAGCCUCAUUUCUAUAACAUUACUUUCACAAUACUGGUCUAUUUUCUUUCUCAUGUUCUUGUUCUCAUAUCUGCCAAUAAUAUCAUCAUGCUGCAGAGGCAUUUGAAAACAAAGAAAGAAAGUGAUCUGUUCAUUUAGCCAAUCAAGAUAAUUCUCCUGUCACCAAAGUGCUGUAUCAUUUUCUGUUUGGAGUAUAUUCAUGGUUCAAGUGUUACAACAUAGCCCAACCUCUGUGGCUCAGUUGGUAGCAUACUGAACAACAGUGGUAGAAACCACAUGGCCUACUGUGGGUUUGGAUAUGCAGCCCUGUCAGCCUGAAACACACCAAGCAUGCAUGUGUUCACCCAAGAUCCUGAAAGCCGGAGGGCUGCAGUAAGGCGAUCGUAGCCUGAUCAGACCCUGUUGAGGGUAUCCCAUUUUCUUUCUCUCUCUAACCAGUCUGUACACUCUCUAUCAUAAAUAAAAUAAAUAGUAAACUUAAGUAAAUUAAAAGUAUUCCAGUAAUAUUGAACAAUUAGGAAAAAUAUUAUUAACUUUUGCUGGUUACUUUAUAACUGAUUUUUAAAAAAUGCAAUUUUUCAGUAUUACCUGUACUGACCUUAGACAA